AUGGUACAGAAGAUGGUAUUCUAUGCCAUUGCUAAGGUGUGUAACAUGGUGACGGGGGCCCGCGGCUUGGGUCGUGUGACAGGGAUGCCCGACUGUGGGUCUACGGCGUGGCUCGCUCGUGGGUGCGACGGUGCUUGCGGUGGUGGGUCUACGGCGGUCUUGUACCAGCCUAAGAAAAUCCAUGAGAUCAAAGAUUUCCUUCUUACUGCAAGAAGGAAGGAUGCUCGUUCAGUGAAGAUUAAGAGGAGCAAAGAUGCGGUCAAGUUCAAGCAGAUCAAAAAUUGUGGUGAGAGUGUUUUCCAGCAGAUAGUUGAGCGUGAUAUCUUACAUGAAAUGGUUAAAAUAGUAAAGAAGAAGCCAGACUUGAAUGUGAGGGAAAAGAUACUAAUCCUAAUUGACACAUGGCAAGAAGCCUUCGGGGGACCUCAGGGGAGAUAUCCUCAAUACUAUGCAUCAUAUAAUGAACUGAAGGCUGCUGGAGUUGAAUUCCCACCUCGAGAAGAGAGCAGUGUACCAUUCUUUACUCCACCCCAGACCCAGCCAAUAAUUUCUCCUGUUACUGAAUACAAUGAUGCUGCUAUUGAGGCCUCUUUACAGUCUGAUGCUUCAGGCCUCAGGUACUGUCUCGAUGACAAUUGACUUUUGUUUGUCAUAAACAUUUAUUCAAAUUCUUGGUACUUAUUAGGUUUUAUUUUCUUAUAUUAAACACAAGAUAGAUGCAAAAUAAAUUUCUAGCAAAGACUAGUUUUUUUCUUAUUAAUAAAUUGGGAUAUGAUUCUCCUUCCACC